UCUGGAUUUAUUACGGCUGAGACGAAGGAGUGAGUCAGAGAACUGCAAUACUGACUAAUAGCACCGUCUCUCACACACACAAACACACGCCACAUUUGGAGGCUCUGCAUGGUUAAAAUCACGCUCUCCUGAAAAUGAAAAGGCCGGUGAUUCUGCAUCUCCUAGACAGAGUGUGAGGAAACAUCUGGAGUUUGAGCCGCUCUCCACCACCGCUCUCAUACUGGAGCACCGACCUGCGAAUCUCCCAGCGAAGCCAGCAGAAGAAGCUCAGAAACACAAACAGCAGUAUGAAGAGAUGGUGGCUCAGGCCAAGAAGCGAGAGCUGAAGGAGGCUCAGAAGAGGAGGAGGCAGUUGGAGGAGAGAGUGCGAUUAGAGGAGAGUAUCGGCAAUGCAGCACUCACCUGGAGUCAAGAGAUCCUGCCAAACUGGCACAGCGUGCACAGCUCUAAGCGAGUGAGGGAUUUGUGGUGGCAGGGAAUUCCCCCGAGUGUAAGAGGACGAGUGUGGAGCCUCGCUAUAGGCAACGAGCUCAACAUCACACACGAGCUGUAUGAUAUCUGUUUGGCGAGAGCGAAGGAGAAAUGGAGCGCUUCACCUCCAUCAGUCACCACAACAGAAAACGACACAGGAGAUGCGGGUUUGUCUCAUGCCGAUCGCGAGGCAAGUUUAGAACUGAUAAAGUUGGACAUUUCCAGAACGUUCCCCAGCCUCUGCAUAUUCCAGCAGGGAGGACCUUAUCAUGAUGUCUUGCACAACAUUCUGGGAGCGUACACCUGUUACCGGCCUGACAUGGGAUAUGUACAGGGAAUGUCAUUCAUUGCUGCAGUGUUGAUCUUGAACAUGAACACAGCUGAUGCCUUCAUCGCUUUUGCCAACCUGCUGAACAAACCGUGUCAGAUGGCUUUCUACAGAGUGGACCAUAGCCUUAUGCUGAUGUACUUCGCUGCAUUCGAAGUGUUUUUUGAAGAAAACCUACCAAAGCUAUUUGCACAUUUCAAGAGUAACAACUUGACACCUGAUAUUUAUCUCAUUGAUUGGAUCUUCACCCUGUACAGUAAGUCUCUGCCACUGGAUGUUGCAUGUCGCGUGUGGGACGUGUUUUGUCGAGACGGUGAGGAGUUUCUCUUCCGCACGGCUCUCGGGAUCCUGCGUUUCUAUGCCGAUGUCCUCACGCACAUGGACUUCAUCCAUAUGGCGCAGUUCCUGACACGGCUACCGGAGCAGAUCUCCACACACACACAGUCGCACACACUCUUCUCCUGUAUCAGCAGUGUCAGCAUGAGCUGCAGGAACAGGACUUGGACACAGGUGCUCCAGGCUCUGCAGAAGGAGUCGGAACAUUCCAGUCCUGUGCUGAAGCAUUGACCAAUCACACACUCGCAUAGAGACUUGAAUAAAGACGUGUGUGUGUGUGUGUGUGUGUGUGUGUGUGUGUGUGUGUAUGUGUGUGUAUGUGUGUGUAUGUGUGUGUGUGUAUGUGUGUGUAUGUGUGUGUAUGUGUGUGUGUAUGUGUGUGUAUGUGUGUGUAUGUGUGUGUAUGUGUGUGUAUGUGUGUGUGUGUGUGUGUGUGUGUGUGUGUGUGUUAAAGCUAAACCUCCAGACUCAGGACUUCUGUUUGUGUAAUUCAAACAACUUUUUUUGGGGAGUGAAGAUCGAAGGCAUGAGACUUAAUGCAGUACACACACACACACACACACACACACACACACACUGCUGGGACUCCGACACAGCAAGCCAAACGUUUGCUGAUGGUUCCUGAACCUCUGCGUGAGACGCCAGUGGUGUUAUUGGCUGCUCUGGAGAAGAGAAAGAACCUAAUGACCAAUCAGAGCCGUUGAAAUGGUACCUGGGUUAGUUUGUCUGGUGAGAACCACGUACUACUGCACUAAAUAGUAAGUUACAAUAGUAAUCGGCACUAUAGGUACUUUUUUAUUUGAAAGAGACAGCUAUUUCCUUCCAUGCAUGCACUGAGCAUGCGUGGUCGGUUCCUCCAGUCUGCUGUCGUCCAUCUGUUCAUCCAGUUCUUAUUUUAUUUCUGUGUGAUGUAUACACUAUAUGCUGUGGCAUUACAGUUUCCCUUCACUGGAACUCAGAGACUCAGACCUGUUCCCAGUGUGCACAAAGUGAGCUCCAUGAAGACGUGGUGUGUGAAGGUUGGAAGAAGGUGGAAGAACUCGAGUGUCCUGCACAUAUCCCUGACCUCAACCUCACUGACUCAUCACCUUUGAGAUGAACUGGAACUGGAGUCUCCUCACAUGAUCAUCAGCACCUGACCUCAA